AUGCGAUGGUGUGUGAUUUCAAACCGAUAAAAUGACAAUUUUACAGCGGUUGAUUAUAUAGGUAGAUAGUUACACUCUAUAAUAACAAAAAGGAAAUAACAUAUUUUGCAAGCGUUUUUCAAUGAGUUAUUUGUAAUUCUACUAAACAAAAUGGAAGAUUUUGACGACAACGAUAACCAGAAGACCAUCCCGUUGAUGGAAGACGGAUGUGUACCUACUCUUAACACUCCUGUCGACACCGGAACGGAGAAGAUCCCUGGGAUAAUAUACGAUGUUGAUUAUACUAAUGAGCUGCCACCUGAGCUACCAACCAGAUACACUCCCAAAAUGAAACCCGAAUCCCCGGAACACACAGAUUCGAAACAUAAAGGCAAGCCGCAAGACGACCAAGCAUAUAAGGAUCUGUUACAUUCAGAUUCAAACCAUAAACGCGAGCAAACAGAGAUGGAAAACAAACCCGCGCAUGCGCAUGCUAAGAAACGUUCAAACCCACUUGCGGUGAGGUCGCCUUUGGCCCUAUCUGUAGAUUUCAGCGAUGAGAAAAUUCCCGCACUUCCUGCUCGAAGGCGUCUGUCGCAGCCAACCAUUAUGCCUUUUGGUAAACAAGCGUCGGAAGCGUAUGUCAACACGUCAGUUUGCCAGGUAACAGUUCGUCCGUUCAAGUGGAAGAGUUCGGAUCGAGCCGAAAAUGACGUCAAUAUUAACGCCAAUACAUACGAAUCCGUUGGAACAGAAAAAUGCGUGUUGUCGGUUGCCCAUGAUGACUUAAAAUCUGUCGCGCCUGGAAAAACAAACGAAAGCAAAAUAAUUUCUAAUGAUGAUGGUCAUAUGAAUAAAGAUGAAAAAAUAAAAUCCGCCAACAUCGAGAGAAUAAACGACUUAACAAUUAAUGAAAUUGGCGACAUGUUGAGGCUUUUAAAGCUUAAAGAAUGCGUAGACAUUUUCAAAGAAAAUUAUGUGGACGGAGCCAUCUUGACAAGUCUCGAACGUGAUGAUUUGGUGAAUGAGUUAGGGAUGAAGAAAAUUCCGGCGACGAUACUUUUUAUGUACAUAACUACAAGCCACAUCCCAAAGUGAUGCCAUAGAUGGUUUUCUCGAGAAUGCGUUGUUCAUGUUGUAAACGGCAAAUAAAUAAAGUGAUUUU